CUAGGCCGAAAUCGCAGCUUCCGUCUCGCUUCUCAAUUUUUUUUCUUCCCUCUUACUCACAACUACAAGCAAACAACCUCCCACUGCCACUGACGAGCAAGCACCCAACUUCCUCCUCCUCCCUCUCCCCAUUGAUUCAUACCACCUAGCCCGUUCUACAACACAACAGCCACAAUGUCCAAGGGCCGCGUUUGUCUCGCCUACUCUGGAGGCCUCGACACCUCGACCAUCCUGGUCUGGCUGAUCGAGCAGGGCUACACGGUCGUGUGCUUCCUGGCCGACGUCGGCCAGGAGGAGAACUGGGACGAGGUCCGGGCCAAGGCCAAGAAGCUCGGGGCCGAGGAGAUGGUGAUCCUGGACCUGCAGAAGGAGUUUGUCGAGCAGCUCGUCUUCCGCGCCGUGCAGUGCAACGCCAUCUACGAGGACCGCUACCUGCUGGGCACGUCGCUCGCGCGCCCCGUCAUCGCGCGCGCCCAGGUGCGCGUCGCCGAGGAGCGCAACUGCCAGUUCCUCAGCCACGGCUGCACCGGCAAGGGCAACGACCAGGUCCGGUUCGAGCUCGCCUUCAAGGCCUGCAACCCGGCCAUCAAGGUCAUCGCGCCCUGGCGCAUGCCCGAGUUCGUCGAGAAGUUCCAGGGCCGCCAGGACCUGCUCAAGUACGCGGCCGAGAAGAACAUACCCGUGUCGUCGUCCCCCAAGGCGCCCUGGUCCAUGGACGACAACCUGGUGCACUGCAGCUACGAGGCCGGCGUGCUCGAGGACCCGGACCACACGCCGCCCAAGGAGCUGUGGACCCGCACCGUCGACCCGCUCGACGCCCCCGCCGCGCCCCAGGAGUUCACCGUCGAGUUCGAAAAGGGCAUCCCGACCAAGGUCACGGUCGACGGCAAGGACACGACGGGCUCGGUCGAGGUGUUCAAGCUGCUCAACCGGCUCGGCCGCGACCACGGCGUCGGCCGCAUCGACAUUGUCGAGAACCGCUUCAUCGGGCUCAAGUCGCGCGGCUGCUACGACACGCCCGGUCUCACCAUCGCGCGCCUGGCCCACCUGGACCUCGAGGGGCUCGUCAUGGACUCGCGCGUGCGCGAGCUGCGCGACCAGUUCGUCACGCUCUCGUGGUCGCGCCAGCUCUACAACGGCAUGUACUUCUCGCCCGAGCGCGAGUUCGUCGAGAACUCGAUAAUCUUCUCGCAGCAGAACGUCACGGGCCAGGUCCGCAUGGCCGUCUACAAGGGCAACGCCUACGUGCUGGGCCGCAAGAGCGACGCCUCGAACCUCUACUCGGAGGAGGACGCGUCCAUGGACUCGCUCGAGGGCUUCUCGCCUAUGGACACGACGGGCUUCAUCGAGAUCAACGCCAUCCGCCUCAAGAAGUACGGCCUGCAGAAGAUCAAGGACGGCCAGCCCCUGACCAAGUCGUCCUGAGCGCUGCUGCUGCUUUGUUUCUCUUCAUUUUUCGUUUCAUUGGCUUUUGUGGGGGCGUCUGGGAGUGGGAAAACGGGUAUUUGGGGGAGAAAAUGAUGGUGAGGUGAAGGCGUCUCUGGUUGGGCGAACAAGGACGUCGGCUCCCAUCUAGUCUCGGGGGAAGAGAGACUUCAAAGAGUGCAGAAAAAUCCGAAAGUAACCCGGUUGCCACGAGUCCAUGAAAUCAAGUAGAAUGCAUGCAUGCAGCAGUCAGAUGGGCUUGUCGUGUUUAUACGUCUAUGCGCAUCCCCUGUUUCUUUCCGCUGACGCCCCCAUGAGAAUCGACCAAGCAUCGCUUGAACACCCGUCUUGCC